CACAACUAAUUUGGAUAAAUAUCAGAUUUACGAAGCUCUUAAGGAUUGGAAAAUCUACAUAGCUUUAUUUAUACAAUUUACUAUGUCAAUUCCCAGUUAUUCGUUCGCUUUCUUUCUUCCGGCGAUUGUAAAUGGUAUGGGAUUUAAUUCCACAAUUAUAGGAUAUGUAUUGCUUUUGGCACCGAGUUCUAGUAUUGCUAUAGGUGACUCGAAACGCGCAGUAGGCGGUGCAAUGUUAAUAGCCAGUGGCAACAUUGGUGGAAUGAUAGCCGCACAAAUAUAUCAACCUCAAGAUGCACCAACCUAUAAAUAUGGACAUACUAUCGCGACAUUUCUUGUAAUUAUUGCUAUAACAUUAUUAAUAGUUAAAUAUUGUUUAUUAAAUAGAGCAAAUAAACUUAAAAUUAGCGAUCCGGAGCGAUUUCUAAAAGGAAAGAAUAAAGAGGAAGCCGUGAUUUUGGGAGACAAGCAUCCAUCAUUUAUUUAUUCCUUGUAG